AACUUUUAAAAGUCAUUUAUUCCAAAAUAUGAAUUGUGUUUAAUGCUAUGUAUUGUAUAAUAUUAUUUUCCAAACACCUGCAGUGCCGUAAACAGCUGAACAAACAUCGAUUAUAUUAUUUGUUCGCAAACAAUAGAUGUCCCAUUAAUUUAUGUAUUUGUUUUCGAAAACUCGGCGGGGACAUUACUUGAAAUAUUUCAUAAAAUAAGCAAAAUGUUGUGCGUAAUAUGGUUAUUAAGUUUGCAUUUUAUUUUGGGUGAAUCUGCGAGAAUUCUUGGUAUAUUCCCGUCACCACAUUUAAGUCACCAGAUAGUUUUUAGACCUCUAAUGCAUGCUUUGGCUCAAAGAGGACAUGACGUGAUUGUCAUAACAACGGAUCCUGCUUUUCCUAAUGGUGGUGGACCAUCUUCAUUAAAAGAAGUUAAUAUCCAUAAUGUAACCUAUCCUUAUUGGAGAGAACUAAUGCAAGAAGCAAGCAAAGAUGUCGCCAAUGAUAUAUUUUCGCAAAUAAAAGCUGGAAGAUUCUUAGUUAAAACCGUGUUCGCAAAACAAGUUCAGAGUGACGAAGUACAGAAUGUUAUAAAGAGUGGCAUCAAAUUUGAUUUAAUAUUAAUUGAAGCAUAUUUCAGACCAGCGCUAGGCUUAGCAGAGUCAUACAAAUGCCCAAUAAUAUCGAUAAGUUCGUUUGGUGCGUCAUAUGGCAAUUACGAGAAAUUCGGCGCUCCAACACAUGCGUUACUUUAUCCAAACCUUCUAAGACAACGACUGAAUAAUCUAACACUGUUUGAAGAACUGAACGAACUGUAUACAGAUAAAAUAUUCCAUGAUAAUCUUAUAACAGAUGAAAUUGAAUAUAAUUCUAUGAAUAAAGCAUUGUUUCCUAAUGCUCCAGAUUUAGCUGAAGUGGACGAUAAUAUUCAAAUGCUGUUUAUAAAUACUCAUCCUGUGUGGGAAAGGAUUCGACCGGUACCUCGAAAUGUCGUUUAUAUCUCCGGAAUUUUAGAUAACCAUUCAAGAUCAUUGCCAAGAGAACUACAAUCAUACCUGGAUUCAUCAAAAAACGGAGUAAUAUAUGUUAGCUUCGGAACAAGUGUGAGCACUAAAUUGAUGUCACCUUUCAUAGUCCAGAUGUUUGUGAACGUGUUCUCAAAAUUGCCAUAUGAAAUAUUAUGGAAAUGGGACGAUGACGUGUUGCCAGGAAUAACGGAUAAUAUUAAAAUUGCCAAGUGGUGGCCUCAAACGGAAAUUUUAAAACACCCAAAUGUUAAACUAUUCAUCACACAAGGAGGUUUAUCUUCCUCCUUCGAAUCGAUAUCAGCUGGAGUACCUCUGGUUGGUAUACCAAUGCUUUUCGACCAAUGGUACAAUGUGGAAAAUUAUGAAUACUAUGGUAUUGGUAUUAAACUCGAUUUGACAUCGCUGACUGAAGAAAAACUUAGGCAUGCAGUUGAAACAGUUAUAAAGGAUGCAAGCCAAACAACUAGAGCAAGUGGGUAG